AUGCCUUCAUUACAAAAUCUGCCGCCGGAAUUGCUAGAGGUGCUGGCCUCUUACCUUGCUCAAGCAGAUCUGGCUGCAAUGGCCCAAACUUAUGAUGAAGGGUGCGAGAAACUUGCAGACUGUCUUGUGCUCCGAAUCGAUCUCGCUCAACUCGUUCGAAGCAUCUCACUCGAACACGAAAUACUGUAUGCCGAUCCUUGUGCAGAUGAACUCCUUCCGUUGCUGCCAAAUCUCCAACAUCUCAGUUUCUUUGCACAUGUCAUGGAUUUUUUCGAUCGAGGUCAUGAAGAAGACUACAAUGCGCUUGGCCUAGGCUUGUGGUGGCCGGGCCCGGAUGACCGAAUACCGAGUUGUGUCCGAAAGGCUGCAUCUCGCAUUGACACUUGGUUACCCGCUCUGAAGACAUGCACAUUGGAGUUCUUCGACGCUUCUCCACUAUGGAAUCUCGAACGCAAAGCAGUACUGUUCCUCCAUCCUACAUUGGACUCACUCGUAGUACAUCACGCAUAUUAUGAACGCGAUCUUCUCGAUCCUCCCGUAGAAGACUCGCACGCCCCGGUAGAAUACUGGAGAAGUCCGAUCUUUGACGCAGACCUUGGUCCUGGGUCGACAAGUUUGAAAACGCUGAGAUUUUUCCUAUGCGAGAUUGAUCCAGCAGCUCUUAUCAAUAUUUUGAGCUUUCCCCGUGACUUGGAGCAUCUCACUUUGACAUAUCCAGACUAUGCAAGCCAUCGGGUUAGAGUGGAUCCUGCGCCUAUUGAUGCUGUUUGCAUAGCCCUGGAGCAGCAGAAACAUUCCCUGAUAAGCUUGAAUGUCCACGGCCUCAACCGAUAUUACCCCAAACCAGAAUUUGAUACUUUCAAGCGGUUGAAGGAACUGGACAUAGAUUUGGACAUGUUGUGUGGUGCAUGGGAUGAGGACAGCUCAGUCCUAACUGAUGAUCAUGAGCCGUCAUUUGGACUUGACAAAUUUUUCCCUCCAAGUCUGGAAAGGUUGACCGUUCGAUAUCGGCUGCUCAGAGGCGAAAGACGUCAAGGUGUUUACAGAUUCGAGUGCCUUGAGAAAUGUCUCGCGAAUCAGAAUAGAAUAUUGGUCAGUUUGCAGACAUUGGUUUUGGUUGAAGAGAAGUACGUGGAUAGAAUCUAUGGUUCAUUGCAAGAUGUUGGUGAGGAGAUGAGGAAGCAAAUCGCGAGAAUACGGGAGCGCCUCAUAUGCAACGGAAUCGACAUGUUGCAGGAAACAGAGUUGUUAGAGGCUGACCCAUAUCCCCCAAGACUCCGUGACCUAAUGGGAUAUCAUGGUAACAAGACUUAUCGGGAAAGCUAUGAACGGCGAUGGGGCCCUAUUCCAGAAGGACAGCCUUGA